AUGAAGCGCUGGCUGACACUGGUAGACGAGCUUGAGGACGGUGAAAUCGAAGAGGAUGAUGACCCCUACAAUGGCGAGGUUCACGGCAAGAGUCUGAAUGACGCCCGUCAGAGCCUUGACGAACAAGCCGUGGUCUGGAACACAUUGUCGCCAAACUACACGUUCGAAGACGCCAAGACCGACCUGGACACCAUCAGCCCCAAGAAGGUGCGCGACAAGAUGCAGCCCAAGUCGCCGGCCUGCCGGGAUGGGACGUGCAGGUGCUCUCCAUCCCUCACCAAGCUCGAGAAUGGCACAGCACGCCCAGGGGAGCUCACGCACUGUGGCAAGUGCUUUUGCUGCAAUCAGCGUCAAGCGCGUUGGGUGGAGAAGAAUAUACCCAUCUGGGAUUGCCACCCACCCCCUCGCCGCCGAGACUUCGACGAUCCGUCAAUCUACCAGCGUGCAUUCACCCACAAGUCGGCAGUACGCAACGACUUUGACAAGUCUUAUGAGAACGACGAGUUCCGGGGUGACGGCAUCCUGGAGGGCGAAGGAAAGAUCCAGAAGCUCUUUACAUACCUGGUGAGGAACACGACUCUUGCCAAAUAUGCGCGGCACUACGACCUCGACCUGCUCAUCCACACGGGGCCAUCCGACAGGGACAAGGCAAUGGCGAAGAAAAUGAAGGUCCAAGCCGACGUUGUAGAGGCUCUGAUCGGGGCCACUGCUGUGGACAGGGGCAGGAGUCGCAGGAAGGGGGGCAGGGCCUGGGCUGAUUCGUUUGCCCGUGACAUUGUCGAGCCCAUCGGGGAGUGGCUCCGGCAGCAGUUCGAGGACGGCCUCUUGAAGGCGUAG